GUCGAGCUGCGUAUUGCCACUUUCCAAAGCUCCAAAUUUGAGGGCAUCUCUUCAAUUGACUGCCUGCGAACUCACCUGAAGCUCAACUCAAACUACUCUGCAAACUUACUUCCUUUGUUAUUCUCUGGAAUUGAUCCAUUCUUCUGCUAUAGAUCAUGUUAAGGACAGUUUUGAGUAAAAAGGUCUUUGAUUCGGGGGCUUUGCUCGCUGAGAGCUUCAAUAGGUUCUUGUCUACUCUGCCUAGAAGGAAGCUAGAAGACAAGGUUGCAUUGAUCACUGGAGCAGCAAGCGGUAUAGGAAAGGCUACAGCAACAAAAUUCAUCAACCAGGGUGCAAAAGUCAUAAUUGCUGAUAUCCAACAGCAGCUUGGCCAAGAGACAGCAAAAGAACUAGGCCAAAAUGCUACCUUCAUAACCUGCGAUGUCACUAAAGAAUCAGACAUAUCCAAUGCUGUAGAUUUCGCCAUUUCUGAGUAUAACCGACUUGACAUCAUGUACACUAACGCAGGGAUAGCCUGCAGAACUCCUCCAAGCAUUGUGGACCUUGACCUGACAUCAUUUGACAAGGUCAUGGACAUCAACGUUCGAGGAGUCAUGGCAGGGAUGAAGCAUGCGGCACGUGUGAUGAUCCCACGUGAAUGUGGGUCCAUUCUGUGUACAGCAAGUGUCACCGGGGUGAUGGGUGGGAUGGCCCAGCACACGUACUCAGUGUCCAAGGCUGCUGUGAUAGGCAUUACGAAGUCUGUGGCAUCAGAGCUGUGCAGGUAUGGAAUCCGUGUGAAUUGCAUAUCACCUUUUGCUAUUCCCACUCCUUUUUGCUUAGAAGAAUUGAGUCAGAUAUAUCCACAUUAUGAUGCCCACCAACUUGUUCAGCUUGUUCAUAGUUUUGGUGUCUUAGAGAGAACGAAUUGUGAGCCCGAGGAUAUUGCCAAUGCUGCACUUUAUUUAGCCUCGGAUGAUGCCAAGUAUGUUAGUGGGCAAAAUUUGGUUGUGGAUGGAGGUUUUACAUCUUUUAAGAGUUUUGUGUUACCUGCUCCAGAUCAUCAAGUGCGUCAAACAUGGAACUUGGAGCCUUCCUAGAGUAAAAGGGACAAGGUCUUAGCUCUGAUUGUGGAUAAAAUGGCUGCAAAAUCAGGAUCGAGAGGAGAUGAUAAUGGAGCUAGCAUAUAUUCUGAUAAAAGAACAAGAACAAAAACCAUUAUCUUCAUCAAAGCUGAAGAAUUGUUGAAAUGACAGGCAAUGGUCCCUCCCAGUGGAGGGAUUCUUGUGCUAAUGUCAAAUUAGGUAACUCUCUGAUUUGCACAGGACUUUUAUAACAGCGUCUAAGAGGCGUGUUAUCUCUAGUUCUUUGCUUGCCUCAAUUGCACAUGCUUGUUUUGCUUGUAUUCUUUGUUAAGUGUGCGGCUCUGGAAAUAUGACUUUUUGUGUCGUUUAACUUCAGAGACUCUUGUGUUUUUCUUCGUGUUCACAUAAAUGGAUGAUAAAAAAA